AUGAAAAUUUACUUGACAAUCCUAGUGACGUUUGUCACUGUUUCCAUAGGCAGUUGUGAAGUUCACUGGAAGCGCCCCAACAUCAAAACGUUCCUGGAUGCUCAGGGAGAGUGUGCUAGUUAUCUGCUGAUACCGGAAGAACAGGUUCAGAAAUACGUCCAAGAUAGUUAUCCAGAUGAGCAUAGAGUUAGGAAUCUCGUUCGAUGUCUUCUACUGAACAUCAACGCCUGGAACAAAAACAACACCAUCAAACACUACGUCUUCAAGAACUUCUUCAAACCAUCGGAAGAGGACAGUUGCUACGAGAAACGAACCCAGGAAUGUUUAGUGAAAACCGUAGACAGUUUACCGGCCGAUGAUGUGAAUGGUAGAGCUUAUCAGUCGUUCUUGUGCUACUACCGGUAUUAUGGGAAUUUGAUCCACGAAGAACAGUUCAUUCCCUUCGACAUCGAUAUUCAGGUCAAGCGAGCGAAGGAAUCCAUCAGUGUGCGAAAUACUUCGGUCGAAACAUUGCAGCAGUUCUGCAAGGGUAACAUCCUGGGAGUUCACGAGGCCGAGUUAGUCCUAUCGAUAAACUACGUUCGAAACGGAUUCUUCGAAGACGGUGGAUUGAACCUUGAUCGGUUAUUUACACAGUGUGGCAAGGAAGCAAUUUUAUCCGAUCACACCAGGCAAUGUGUGGAAACCGUCAAAUCGCAGUUCUGUGAUCAACCAGCUCGAAACUAUCAGCUUUUUGCCCAGUGUGUACAGGCUAACGAAGACCUAACGUUGCCGCUCCUAGAAGAAAACAGUCCCCUGUUUUUGCAACUUAAAGGAUCAUCUUGUGACAGCAGCUGCGGAGCUAUUGCUGUAGGUCCUUCGAGCAUCGUAGCUGAUGGGAAACCUUCGUUCCAGCGAUUUUUUAGAUUAUAA